AACAAUCUCCCCUCUACCAUAACCAGAUGAGCCUAAUCAUGUCCGAACCGCCACAACUCACGACGCCCGACGACAAGGACGUCGAGAAUCGGAAGCACUCCUCCACCUACAGUAUUUCAAAUUUGUUGCUCGAGAAGAAGGAGUCGAGCCCGUCGGGCAGUUCCAGUGAGGAUGACUCGGCGAGCAGCAAUGAUGAUGAUCAGCGGAGUCCGUCGGCAACUUCUUCAUUCAUUUUUCCGCCAGCUUCAUCGUCCUCCUCGUCGGAAAGUGCCACGUCACCAACACAGAUUAUGGCUCAGCUUAUGGCAAAUGGUGGAGCAGUUGACCCGGGUCUUCAGGCAUACUUCUUCCUUCUACAGUCCCAGUUAAACAGCCAAUCAAUGAUGAACCGAGUAACACAGGAAAACGUAAGCCGAGCUCUCACCUCCUUCAACCUGCUCAACAACCUGCCCGGCGCCCUUCCAUCACUCUCCCCAAUGGGGCGACUCCAGCACUCAAUGCAACUCUCCCCGAACUCCCUGAACAUGCAGAAGAAGCAAAGCAGACCCACAUUCACCGGCCAUCAGAUCUAUCAGCUGGAGCGGAAGUUCGAGCAAACCAAGUACCUAGCCGGAGCAGAUCGUGCACAGCUCGCCCAGGAGCUUAACAUGAGCGAGAGUCAAGUUAAGGUGUGGUUCCAAAACCGUCGUACAAAAUGGCGCAAGAAGGAAGCGGCCGACAAUGCACUGGUCAAACGUGGUGCCAGCGGCGACAAGUCUCCUUGCUCACUGAGCCCAUUUCUCAGCGCUGGAAUUUAGCUUUUAAGCGUUCUACCUCUCCCCCUCCCUUCAACCGAGUGUAUUAUUCCCCCAAUUUGUUUGCAAUUUUUUCCUGAAGCCCUUUAAGAAAAUCCAAAAUCAUGACCUUCUUCCGUCUUUACACCUGAUUACCUGAAUACCAACACCCCACACAGAUGCCAUGAUCUCUCGUCUUUUCUCGUACUUUUGUAUAAUUUUUUUCUUAAUUUUUUUGCAUGUUUUCCCAUAGUUAUAGCCAUUUUUUUUUCUUUUUUUUUCCAAAUCAUCGUCACUUAUACAAAAACCAAACUCCCUUUUACCGUUAAACCAUGCCCAAAUACAAAAAAUUUCCCAUUUAAUUGUACGUUUUUUUCUCUUCAAAUUGGAUUCUAAUGACAUAAAUUUAUUAGAUUAA